AUGGCUACUGCCAAACUGUCUGCAGACCUGGCUGGCAAGCCCAGUCCGGGCCUCCAGCUCCCUCAUCCUCCCCCGCUUCUGCAUACGCGCUCCGGGAACGAGAACUACGACCGCCCCUCCACGCCAACACAGCAGAGUCACCAUGGCUUCACGAGUCCGGCUCAGACGCCCCAGGGCAGUCCCAGCAAGUCCAAGAUGCCUCCCGGCGCUCUGAAUCUGCCCGGUGUCUUCGAAAAGGCCAUGAAGCUUGCUCCAUCCUCCCCAACCAAGUCGGGCUUCAACACGCCGCAGUCGCCUACCAAGGGAGGCCUGUCCGUCAUCGAAGACUUCAACGAAAGCGUCAUCCACAAGGAUGCCCACCAGACUCCCGGCAGCCCGACUCGCCGUUCCAACAAAGAGAAUACGCCUCCCAAUGUGCCCCGGCUGGGGAAGGAUCUCGGAUUGAAUUCCAACCCCGCCGCCGCUUCGCGGAUCGAGCCCUAUCAACAACGCCCAGUUCCGUGGGUUGACUCCGGAGGAGCUGGAGAAGCUGCAACUGCCCAGAGUCAAACGGCUGGCCAAUGUGACUCAACUCUCUACGUCCACAACCGCCAGAACCGUUACGCUCAAUUCAAGGCCGCCUACCCUCCGCCGCCCGAGACUCCGGCGGAAGAGUAUGAAGCCGCAUUGCAGAAGUAUCUUGGUCGCGAACGCGCCAGUCUGCGCAAGCGACGGACCCGGCUCCGUCAGGGAGAUUUCCAGAUCCUGACCCAGGUCGGCCAGGGUGGGUAUGGACAGGUCUACCUGGCGCAAAAGAAGGAUACCCGCGAGGUGUGCGCGCUGAAAGUCAUGAGCAAGAAGCUGCUGUUCAAGAUGGACGAGGUCCGACACAUCCUGACGGAAAGAGAUAUCUUGACCGCGGCCAAAAGUGAAUGGCUGGUAAAGCUGCUAUACGCCUUUCAGGACGCGGAGCAGAUCUAUCUGGCCAUGGAGUAUGUGCCGGGAGGGGACUUCCGAACGUUGCUCAACAACACGGGAGUCUUGCACAACCGUCACGCCCGGUUCUACAUCGCAGAGAUGUUCUGCUGUGUCGACGCGCUCCAUAUGCUCGGCUACAUCCAUCGAGACCUGAAGCCGGAGAACUUCCUGAUCGACAGCACGGGACACGUCAAGUUGACCGAUUUCGGAUUGGCCGCCGGAAUGUUGGAUCCUGGUAAGAUCGAGUCGAUGCGGAUGAAGCUGGAGGAAGUGGGCAACACGCCCGUGCCGUUCGGUCGCCCCAUCGAGCAACGAACCGCCGCUGAGAGACGUGAAGGGUAUCGGUCGCUGAGAGAACGGGAGGUCAACUACGCCAAGUCCAUCGUCGGGUCCCCCGAUUACAUGGCCCCGGAGGUGCUGAAGGGUCAGGAAUACGACUUUACGGUCGAUUACUGGAGCCUGGGCUGUAUGCUCUUCGAAGCGCUGGCCGGUUAUCCCCCGUUUGCGGGCGCGACGGUGGACGAGACUUGGCAGAAUCUGAAACGCUGGCAGAAGGUGCUUCGAAAGCCGCAGUAUGAAGAUCCCAACUACUUCCUCUCGCGCCGCACCUGGGACCUUAUCACGCGGCUGGUCGCGGCGAAGGAGCAGCGGUUCAAGAACAUCCGCGAGAUCCAGAGCCACGAGUACUUUGCCGAAGUGGACUUCAGCCGACUGCGGGAACAGAGGGCUCCGUUUGUCCCCGAGCUGGACUCGGAGACGGACGCGGGGUACUUUGACGACUUCACGAACGAGGCGGAUAUGGCGAAGUAUAAGGAGGUCCACGAAAAGCAGCGUGCGCUGGAGGAAAUGGCAGAUAGGGAGGAAAAGAUGAGCAAGGGACUCUUUGUUGGGUUUACCUUUCGAAUUAUGAAUGAAAUAGAAGAUCCACUCAACGCUACAUCAUACAUGUCAAGAUGA